AUGAUCGAGCGACCAGAAACUGCAGUUCCCAGCAUUGCUCAGCGGAACCUGGAGGGCUAUGUGGGAUUUGCUAAUCUUCCCAACCAGGUGUAUCGGAAGUCUGUUAAAAGAGGCUUUGAGUUUACAUUAAUGGUAGUUGGAGAGUCUGGUCUUGGGAAAUCAACACUCAUUAACUCCCUCUUUUUGACUGAUCUUUACUCCAAGGACUAUCCUGGGCCAUCUCAGCGUAUUAAGAAGACUGUGCAGGUUGAGCAGUCUAAGGUGCUCAUCAAAGAAGGGGGGGUACAGCUUACUCUCACAAUUGUUGAUACGCCAGGAUUUGGAGAUGCAGUAGACAACAGCAACUGUUGGCAGCCAGUCAUCAACUAUAUUGACAGUAAGUGUGAGGACUUCCUGAAUGCGGAAUCGAGGGUCAACCGCAGAUCGAUGCCAGACAACAGGGUCCAUUGCUGUCUAUACUUCAUUGCGCCCUCUGGACACGGACUAAAGCCACUUGACAUCGAGUUCAUGAAGAGGCUGCAUGACAAAGUCAAUGUCAUUCCACUUAUUGCAAAAGCGGACACUCUCACGCCAGAGGAAUGCCAGCUUUUUAAGAAACAGAUAAUGAAAGAGAUCCAGGAGCACAAAAUCAAAAUUUAUGAAUUCCCAGAUACAGACGAUGAUGAGGACAACAAGAUGAUCCGGAAGAUCAAGGAGAAGAUGCCGCUGGCUGUGGUUGGUAGCAAUGUGGUCAUCGAAGUGAAUGGAAAGAAGGUCAGAGGUCGCCAGUACCCUUGGGGUGUGGCAGAAGAGGGCAUAUUUGUGGAGAAUGGGGAACACUGCGACUUUACUGUGCUACGCAACAUGUUAAUCAGGACCCACAUGCAGGAUUUGAAGGACGUCACCAACAAUGUCCACUAUGAGAAUUACCGCAGUAAGAAGCUAGCCGCAGUCACCUGUAAUGGAGUGGACAACACCAAGACCAAGGGUCAACUCACCAAGAGUCCUCUGGCCCAGAUGGAAGAGGAGCGGCGGGAACAUGUGAUGAAAAUGAAGAAGAUGGAAGCAGAGAUGGAACAAGUCUUUGAAAUGAAGGUUAAGGAGAAGAAGCAGAAACUGAAGGAUUCUGAGGCCGAGCUCGAACGACGACACGAACAAAUGAAAAGGAACCUGGAGGCGCAAUACAAAGAAUUGGAAGAGAAGAGACGAGUGUUUGAAGAUGAGAAAGCAAAUUGGGAGGCUCAGCAGAGAAUCCUUGAGCAGCAGAAGUUGGAUGCCUCUAAGACAAUGGAGAAGAACAAGAAGAAAGGAAAAAUCUUUUGA